AGGGGAGGGGCAGGAACUCUCUAGAGGGUUGCGCGCUUGCACGUUUUGUGGAGGGGAUGAGUCCUCUUCCACGGGAAGGAAACAUACACGCCCUCUAAAACAGGAGGUGCCUUCCACCUCAGGAUUCCCGGCCCUCUAACAGCUUUGCAAACGUUGGGUGUCGCCAGAUAGGUGAGACGUUCGUACGCGAACCGAGGACCGAAGUCCGCGGCGCAGGGAUGCGGAGUGCGAGCCGUUAGCCGUUAUCUCCAAGGCAACCAAGCUUCUCCAGCGUCCCAACCGCCGAUUUCCGCCACUACCUCCGCGCACACUCUAACCGCUGCCCGGUCCGCCCCGCCCACGCCGAAGUUUCCCGAGAACGGGUUUCACACGAGAUUUGAUCUGCGGGACGCUCCGUAGCCAGGGAUGUAACAACGCAGGGCGCAAAAGGACUGUGGGUUGCUAUUGGUGGUCACGUGGUGUUCCCGGAAGUCAGUGAGCGCCGCGCGAAGGCUGAAGGGAGCGGGCCGGUCGGGCUCCGUGAGGCGUGGCGGGCCCAGCCCGGCCCCAGGAGCGCCGGCAUGCCUCGGUACGCGCAGCUGGUCAUGGGCCCGGCAGGAAGCGGGAAGAGCACCUACUGUGCCACUAUGGUCCAACACUGUGAAGCCCUCAAUCGGUCUGUCCAAGUUGUGAACCUAGAUCCUGCAGCAGAACACUUCAACUACUCCGUGAUGGCUGAUAUUCGGGAACUGAUUGAGGUGGAUGAUGUCAUGGAGGAUGACUCUCUCCGCUUUGGUCCCAAUGGAGGAUUGGUAUUUUGCAUGGAGUACUUUGCCAAUAAUUUUGACUGGCUAGAGAACUGCCUUGGCCAUGUAGAGGAUGACUACAUCCUUUUUGACUGUCCAGGUCAGAUUGAGUUGUAUACGCACCUGCCUGUGAUGAAACAGCUGGUCCAACAGCUGGAACAGUGGGAGUUCCGAGUCUGUGGAGUUUUUCUUGUUGAUUCUCAGUUCAUGGUGGAGUCGUUCAAGUUUAUUUCUGGCAUCUUGGCAGCCCUGAGUGCUAUGAUCUCCCUAGAAAUUCCACAAGUUAACAUCAUGACAAAAAUGGAUCUGCUUAGCAAGAAAGCCAAAAAGGAAAUUGAAAAAUUUUUAGACCCAGACAUGUAUUCUUUAUUAGACGAUUCUGCAAGUGACUUAAGAAGCAAAAAAUUCAAAAAAUUGACUAAAGCUAUAUGUGGAAUGAUUGAUGACUAUAGCAUGGUUCGAUUUUUGCCUUAUGAUCAGUCAGAUGAAGAAAGCAUGAAUAUUGUGUUACAGCAUAUUGAUUUUGCCAUUCAGUAUGGAGAAGACUUAGAAUUCAAAGAACCAAAGGAACAUGAAGAUGAAUCUUCUUCUAUGUUUGAUGAAUAUUUUCAAGGACACCAAAAUGAAUGAAGAAUUUUUCAGAGUAACUAUACCUGAAACACUUUCAAUUGAACCAAGACAUUCUUCUUUUCAAAAGAUGCAAUACUAGAAAGCUACUUAUUUAAUGAAAAAGGCAAUACUUGGCUCUUUAUCAGCAGCAUGCCUAAAUCAAGUUGUAAUUAUUCUGAAAUGGCUGGUGUUUCAAGUGGAAUCUUUUAGUAGUAUUUUUACAGCAUCAAUUUAGAUUUUAAAUGUUGAAAUUGAAAUGAAUGCACAUAGAUUUGCAUAUAAUAUAAAUGAGCAUCUGUGGUACAGUUAGGACUCAGUCUACCUUUAUUUUUCCUGUUUGAUUUUUGUUAUUUUUGAGGGUUUUUUUGGAGAGGCAGGAAUUAUUAUAACAAUAUACACAUGUGUGUCCAAAGGAAAAAAUCUAGGAUAUAGUUAAGACCAUUGCUUAUUUGUAUGUCUGAAUUUUCCUAUAUUUGAAAAUGUAUCAUUUGUGUAAUUAAAUGAAAAUUAACUUUUAAAAAACAUAUGUAUAUAAAUAAAAUAAAUAUAAAAAUA